AUGAGAUGGACCUGCGAGAAUUGGGACGGUGGCAUUACAGUUGGUGGCGUGAAAAUCACCAACCUCCGAUACGCCGAUGAUACUACUCUUCUUGCAGCGAAUGAGUCGGAAAUGGUUGCGCUUCUGGACCGAAUGGAGCGGAUAAGCAAGGAGAUGGGACUUUCCAUAAACAAGUCCAAAACCAAAGUCAUGGUGGUGGAUAGGUCUGGAAAAUUGGAACUCACUGGCGCAUUAGACCUAGAAAUAGUGGACAAUUUUAACUACCUGGGUUCCAACAUUAGUAACAAUGGCUCGUGCGAGAGGGAGGUGCGCCGGAGAAUUGGUAUGGCUAAGAGUGCCAUGACUCAGCUCGGAAAAAUCUGGAGAGAUCGCAACAUAUCCGUAAAGACCAAAACCAAACUGAUCUGGAAACCAGAAGAGGGGACAGGGUUGAUACCCUCGACGCAGACUACUGAACUAAAUCCUGACCUGUUCAGCUGCCCUGCUAAUGUUGAAUCGCUGCAGUCAAGAUGCUGA